AUGUAUUGCGAUGGGAGGAUGAUACACAUGGAGUCUUCUCUGUUCGGAGUGCAUAGGAGUCUUUUCGACUUCACUGCCCUAGGACAUGCAUUUAUCCUUUGGUUAGCAAUUCAAGGUGGCAUCUAUACACAGACAAAGCUUCUUAGCUUUGUGGAGGAUCUGGAUCAUCUUUUCUUUGCUUGCCCAUUUUCUGAGCGUGUUUGGAAUGCUCUGCAUGCGAAGUGUAACUUGCCUUGGGUCCAACGGAGUUGGCUAGACACUCUUUCUUGGAUGGAACAAUUUCGAGGGAGGUCAAUAUCCUCCAUUGUUAUUCAGUUAAUAUUUGUGGCUUCGAUUUAUGCUAUUUGGCAUGAACGCAAUGCUUGGACCCAUGGAGAGGCUCCUAAAAAUGAGUCUACUGUUAUUCAAGAUAUUGUUUUUACUAUUUGUGCAUGA